AUGGAUGGUGCGACAUCUCCUGUUCAAAGUGCUUGUGGAAGCUGCAAUGCAUUAAAGACUUUAUUGGGAGGACUUCAACUUUUCAGAUUAAGUUUAUCAAGGGAAAGAGAUUUAUGGAUCGCCAUAACUGGCGCACCAACAUGGAUGAAGUUGUCAAGUGCUGGGAGAAAAUUAGGUGGUCUUUACAAGAAUAUGACCUGGUCCAGGAGCAACAAACAAUACGGACACACUGCCUCCAAGACGUUGCCGUACAAAUGA